GAGGUCGGUUUUGGGAGGAGCGUUCUUGAUUUCUGAAAUAUUGUAAGUAGCUUAUUGAGCGUUUAUGAGAUGAAAAGACAUUGGGCACUGUUCGGGAAAUGUAUUGUGUUUCAUUGUAAAUGGUUUUGAAUAUGUCAAUUUAACGCCUUAAUAUUGCCCUUGGUGGCUAGCAUUGGUCAACUAGCUAACGUUAGCAAGCUUCUUCAACGUCUGCGAGACUGGAGCUUGCUGCUGAUGACAAGAAAGGGCACCCUGGCCUGACACAACAAUCCGACUGUCUAGGGACUUCAAUUUGAAUUUGUUGCAACCAUGAAGUUCACGCAAUUUUUGCUAAGGAACAGCUCCAUACCCAAACAAGCACUAGUGGAUCGGUUUUCCAAGUUCUCACCUUCGCCUCUGUCAAUGAAACAAUUCAUAGACUUUGGCUCGGCCAAUGCCUGUGAGAAGACGUCCUUUGUGUUCCUUCGUCAGGAGCUUCCUGUCCGGCUGGCCAACAUCAUGAAGGAGAUUGACUUCCUCCCUGACAAGCUUCUCAGCACCCCCUCACUACAGUUACUACAGAGCUGGUAUGCAACAAGUCUGAUGGAGCUAGUGGGCUUCCUGGAGAAAGAGCCCGAUGAUAAAAAGAUCCUGAAGAAGUUCACUGAGACGCUGGUGAACAUCAGGAACCGCCACAACAACGUGGUUCCCACCAUGGCACAGGGAGUGGUGGAGUACAAGGAUGCCUUUGGCUCCGACCCUGUGACCAAUCAGAACGUCCAGUACUUCUUGGAUCGCUUCUACAUGAGCCGCAUCUCCACACGCAUGAUCAUGAACCAGCACUCUCUCAUCUUUGAUGGAAGCGCCAACCCCGCCCAUCCCAAGCACAUUGGCACCAUCGACCCUGACUGCGAUGUGACGGAGGUGGUAAAAGAUGCCUUUGAUAGCUCCAAGAUGCUCUGUGAACAGUACUACCUGACCUCGCCAGAGAUUGACAUCACACAAGUCAACGCCAAAGGUCCUGACCAGCCUCUUCGUAUUGUCUAUGUUCCUUCCCAUCUCUACCACAUGCUGUUUGAGCUCUUCAAGAACGCCAUGAGAGCAACAGUGGAGACUCAUGAAAUGGCCCUGCAUCUCCCACCGGUCAAAGUCCGAGUCUCACUGGGCAGUGAGGACCUAACAAUCAAGAUAUCAGAUCGAGGAGGCGGAGUUCCCCUGAGGAAGAUAGAGCGUUUGUUCAGUUACAUGUACUCCACCGCCCCCAGCCCCGUCGAUAUUGACAACAGCCGCAAUGCACCACUGGCUGGUUUUGGCUACGGUCUUCCCAUCUCCCGUCUCUAUGCCAAGUACUCAGGAGACCUGCAGCUCUACUCCAUGGAGGGAUAUGGGACGUCAGCUGUCAUCUACCUGAAGGCCUUGUCCUCAGAGUCUGUGGAAAGACUUCCUGUUUACAACCAGUCAGCCAUAAGGCGUUACCAGAGCAAUGAGGCAGAUGACUGGUGCAUGCCCAGCAAGGAUCCCAAGAAGCUGGGAUGAGAGGAGAAGUUAACCAAACAGACAGACAGACAGAGAGAGAGAGAGCUCAGAUAUAUGAAGAACGGAGGAGCAGGAGAAAGAAAGAAGAGGAUGACUGAAAGGAGGAAUGGAAUGAUGAUUCAUAAUCAGAAACUAACAGAAGGUACCCAAUUGUACCGUGUGUGUGUGUGUGUGUAAUAUCUGGAUUCUUCGCAAUGGAGAUUCUCAUCCAGCACUUGAAGUGGGAAAACAAUCAUGUUGGAGGCGUUUCAAUGGCAAUACCAGGAUCUCUAUUCAAUACCAGGAUCUCUAUUCAAUACCAGGAUCUCUAUUCAAUACCAGGAUCUCUAUUCAAUACCCGGAUCUCUAUUCAAUACCAGGUUCUCUAUUCAAUACCAGGACUCUCAUUCAAUACCAGGAUCUCUAUUCAAUACCAGGAUCUCUAUUCAAUACCAGAUCUCUAGUCAUUACCAGGAUCUCUUAUUCAUUACCAGGAUCUCUAUUCAUUACCAGGAUCUCUAUUCAAUACCAGGUUCUCUAUUCAAUACCAGGUU